GGUCUGGUUAGAACACGCACUCGCGCAGAGAGAGAGAGAGAGUGUGUGUGAGUGUGUGUGUGUGUGAGAGAGAGUGUGUGUGAGAGAGAGAGAGUCUGCACCAGCUCGCGCUGUCCCGCGGCAGGAUUUGGAGACUAGAGUGUAUGAUGGUGUUCGGUGUUCCGUCUCCCGGACAUGUUGCUCGGGUAAAAUCCGGAUUAACGCGCGCGCACUAACCCGGUUUUAUUCUGUGUGUGGAUUAUAAAGGGAAACUUUCUCUUGUGUUUUCUCCCGGAUUUAAACGUCCAUCUGCUCGCUAUAAGCAGGAGAGACAGAGGGAAGAAGGAGCGUAAGAGCUAGAGAAAGAGUGAAGCCGUCCGUGUCAUGGCCUCUGACCUGUGAUCAUCGUCGUCAGCUUCCUGCCCCGAGACGCACCCAAUCAGAUCAGGAUGAAGAGCGAGUUUGUGUCGUUUCCGCUGUGCGCCGUCACGCUGCUCACGCUGGCUCUGUCUCAGCACUGCGUCGCCAUCAGAUGGCUGGCUCUAUCUCAGACGUCGGAGCACAUUAAUAAGACGCAGCAGUGUAAGACCCUACCGGGCCUCGUGUCCUCACAGGCUCAGCUCUGCCGCACUAACCUGGAGCUCAUGCAGGUCAUCGUCCAGGCGGCACGUGAGGUCAAAAAGACGUGUCAGAAAACCUUCACUGAUAUGCGGUGGAACUGCUCGUCCAUCGAUGCUCCCAAAUAUCUCCCGGACCUGGAGAGAGGAACGAGGGAGUCUGCGUUUGUGUACGCUCUUUCUGCCGCCGCUAUCAGCCACACCAUCGCUCGAGCGUGCACCAGUGGAGAUCUCAGGCUGUGUACCUGUGGCCCGAUCCCAGGUGAUACCCUCGAGCCUGGGCACAGGUGGGGCGGCUGCGCUGACAACCUCCACUACGGCCUUGUCAUGGGAUCAAAGUUCUCAGAUGCUCCCAUGAAGAUAAAGAAGAAAACUGGAUUUUCACACCCAAACAAACUAAUGCACCUGCACAACAGUGAAGUGGGACGACAGGCCCUGAAGGAUGCGCUGGUGGUGAAGUGUAAGUGUCACGGUGUCUCAGGCUCCUGCUCCAUCCGCACCUGUUGGCGAGGUCUACAGGACCUGAAGGAAAUUGCUCAGGACUUGAAGGUGAAGUACCUGUCGGCCACCAGAGUGAAGCACCAGCCACAAGGGACACGCAAACAGCUCGUCCCUAAAGACAUCGACGUGAGACCAGUGCGAGAGAACGAGCUGGUGUACCUGCAGAGCUCACCCGACUUCUGCACCAUGAACGAGAAGAUGGGCUCCAUCGGCACUCAGGACAGGCAGUGUAACAAGACAUCGAGCGGGAGCGACAGCUGCGACCUGAUGUGCUGCGGCCGAGGCUAUAACCCGUACACGGAGAAGGUGUUAGAGCGAUGCCACUGCAAGUACCACUGGUGCUGCUACGUCACCUGUAAGAAAUGCGAGAGGACUGUGGAGAGAUACGUGUGCAAAUGAGGCUCACACACACACACACACACACACCUACAUCAGGAGCUCUGAUUAUCCGUCUUUAACCAAAAGCACUACAAAGAAACCCGUCGUUUCUCUUCAGCUCCUUUUUUUUUUUACAUCUUCUGACCAACCCACAGACUGGACCAUCCCACAUUUUGUUGUUCCUCAUGUUGUUCCCAGCUCCAGCUCCUGUCCUCUUCAUCACAUCACCUGGAGCUUUAUUCUUAUACAGUACUCCAGGUUUUUAUUAACAUUACACACUUUAUUCUUUAACACCAUCCAUCAGUCCUGAAGAGAACAGUGUCAUGUUGUUGUGUUGUUGUUGUUGUUGUUGUUGUUUUAAAGCAUCUGUUAUAUCAGAAUAUCAAGAGUUUAUUUUCUUAUAUGAUAUUCGAAAUGAAAAGCUUUAUUUUUAUUUUUUAGUAUAAAUAUUGCAAACAAAACCCAAACCCAGAGAUCAGACUAUUUUGUCCUGAGAGAAACUCUGACACUCCAACAAGGACAUUAAACUUUAAGCAGGAUCCUGAGGAGUGUGUGAGUCUUCUUGUGUGUGUUUUCCUGUGUGUGCGAGUCUUCUUGUGUGUGUUUUCCUGUGUGUGUGAGUCUUCUUGUGUGUGUUUUCCUGAGUGUGUGAGUCUUCUUGUGUGUGUUUUCCUGUGUGUGUGAGUCUUCUUGUGUGUGUUUUCCUGAGUGUGUGAGUCUUCUUGUGUGUGUUUUCCUGAGUGUGUGAGUCUUCUUGUGUGUGUUUUCCUGUGUGUGCGAGUCUUCUUGUGUGUGUUUUUCUGAGUGUGUGAGUCUUCUUGUGUGUGUUUUCCUGUGUGUUCCUGAGUUCCUAAGUGUGUAUUCCUGUGUGUGCGUUUCGGAGUGUGCGUUCCUGAGUGUGUGUUCCUGAGUGUGCGUUCCUGAAUGUGCGUUCCUGAAUGUGUGUUCCUGAGUGUGUGUUCCUGAGUGUGUGUUUUCCUGUGUGUGUUUUCCUGAGUGUGUGUUCCUGAGUGUGUGUUUUCCUGAGUAUGUGUUC